AUAGAUGUCAGCUGUUUGGUUUCUGCAGAAGUGGAUAUCAUUUUAUCAGCAUCAGUGACUCAGUGAAUUGAUUAAAACUUCCUAUUUCACGUAAAAUAAAUAAAAUAAUAACAUCCAUUCCAACAUGCACGGAAGACUGAAAGUUCGUACAACUGAAGAGGAACGGGAGCGUAAGAAAAAAGAGCAAACACUUAAGGUGAAAGCUUAUAGAGCCGCAAUGGCAAAAAUACAGGAAAAACGUCGUUUACAACAACUGGAUGACGAAAUGCUGGUGCUUACUUCGCAAAUACUACUUAGAAAUCCAGAUGUUUCAACAUUAUGGAACAUUAGAAGAGAAUGUGUUGAACAAAAAUCAUUGAAUAUUGACGAUGUGGAUCAGAGGCAAGCAAUUUACGAUACCGAAUUAAAUUUUAGCGAACAGUGCUUAUUAGUAAAUCCCAAAUCGUACAAUGGUUGGCAUCAUCGGUGCUGGACAUUAGAACACAGUCCUACUGCUAAUUGGGAGCGGGAAGUCAUGCUAUGCAGUAAAUAUUUAAAAAUGGAUGAACGAAAUUUUCACACUUGGGAUUAUCGUCGCUAUGUGGUUGAAAAGGCACGCACAUCUAAACAAAACGAACUGGAUUUUUGCACAGAAAAAAUAAAAGCUAAUUUCUCGAAUUAUUCAUCCUGGCAUCAUCGCAGCUUAUUGUUACCUCAAUUGUAUCCCUAUGAAGGUGAUGCGCAACCAAAGCGAGCCAUGAAUGAGGAAAAAUUGAAAGAAGAAUUGGAAAUGGUACUUACGGCCGCAUUUACAGAUCCAAAUGAUAGCAGUGCAUGGUUUUACCAAAGAUGGUUGUUGGGUUACUCUCGCCAAGAAUUGGAUGUAUGUGCUUUUCGCUGCGAUAAUAACCGUGCGGUCCUAUCAUUCACUAAUCCAAUUAUUUUAACCGAAGAAGAUGUAGUAAUAACUGAUUCCAAGGGAAAUAUUAAGAAAAAAAUUACAAAUUGGAAAUCUAUUAACGGUGCUAAAUCAGAUACUACAUGGUUUUGUUCCCUUAACGGUGAUAAAGUUUUAGAGCAUAUUAACGAUCAAUAUCUUUUGGAGUUGCACAUUACUGACAUCAAUGUGAAACAAAUUACUUUGAAGACAUACAAACAGAGUGUAUACUUUUUCAAACCACCAAACCAGUCUUUUACAUUUACGGAAAAUGUUUUAAACGAGUUACAAACGCAACUUGAGUCGUGCGAAAGCUUGUUAGAGUACGAGCCAGAUAGUAAGUGGACAUUGCUGACAUCUGCUUUAUUGAUGCGAGCUAUAGGCUCUCAAAAAUAUCAUGAUAAAUCUUUGAAAUAUUUGGGAAAACUUGAAAAAGUGGAUAUACUUCGCGAGAACUACUACAGAGAUAUGGCAUCUAAAUGGAUAUUGGAAAAAUAUCUAUUGGACUGGACAAGUUCGGAGGAUUUUCCAGGAAAAUUAGACUUGCGUAAUGAAGAGCAUUUAAACGCCAUUUUCUAUCCUCAGUAUUUAUGUAUCGCAGACAUAGUUUUGGUAUCAGAAAAGUUAAACCAUUACAGUGAUAAAAAGCAAUUGCAAGGUUUCAUUGCAUUCAAACUUUAAUUAUAUUGUGUACAACUAGGCACUUAUCUAUCUUUAAGUAAACUAAUGACUUUAUUUUGUAAAGCAUGACUUUAAAUAUAAGUAAACAAAUUUAAACCAUACAGUA